UCUGUUCAGUUUACCGUGGUCACCGCUUCCGAAACUUCUCGCGCUUAUCAUCCGCGGCGGGAAAUCAAUUCGACCGUGAGUUUCGAUCGAGAUUAAUCGACGGAUAAUCGAAUUGGAAAGCCGGCAAGAUUGAAAUUAGAUCAAGUAUAAUGAAAAGAGGAGAAUUAAAGUUUGUUGAAAAUUGUGGCGAGUGCUUAGGAUUAGAACAACUGACGUUGAAGUUAAAAAUAAAUAGAGGAUGGAAAAUAAAUUAGUCCAUGUACAUAAGGCACUCGAAGAAUUCUUUUUUGAUUUCAAAUCUUGAACAUUGAUGAAAACUUCUCACAGGUUUCUGUGAAUACCACGCGAGAGAUUUCGCGAAUUCAAUUAGCCUGAAACGAUUAAAGCGAAGCGUCGAUAACCUUAUUGGGUCUGCCUGAUUGAUAAGCCAGUAAUGGGAUCGAUCGAUGGGAAUACUUUAGGGAAUAUGUCAACGAUAAAUUGGACAGUGUCGUUUACAGUCGCCUCCGAUAUGUCCAUAUCGAAAAUUAACGACGGAAGUGUUUUCAAAUUGACUUAAUAAACGUUUCACGAUUAACGAUCUGUAAUUAAGAAAAUUGAUCAUUUCCAAGUGAUGAAAACUGAGGCAUCCCUUGUUAAGAUAAAUUUCGUGGUCAAUUAAAAAUUAUACAGCCUUCCGUUUGAUCCACGAAAUAACCGGAAGCUGAUGUUUUCUAUUCAACGAUCGAAGGACUGAUGAAAAGUAGGACAAAGGAGGACAAAAAUCAUCGAAAGUGAACUAAUAUCGUUAAAGGAAGGUAUAACGUUUUAUGAAACGAGUGUAGAAGACGUCUGAGAGAAUGGUAUCGACAACAUCCUUGUCGAGCUUCAACAAUUCGUACAACGGAACGACGUCUCUGAACGAAACCUUCAAAAUGGAUAUCACUGGAGAUAUACUUUGGUACUUUUACGACAAAUUCCACAGCGAGACCAAUUACUUGUUGAUCAUCUUGUACGUACCUGUGAUAGCACUCGCAGUCACGGCCAAUACCCUCGUCAUCGCGGUGGUGUUUAAGUACCAUUACAUGCGCAGUGUCACUAAUUACUUCGUGGUCAACCUGUCGGUGGCGGAUCUUCUGGUUACCACUAUUUGCAUGCCAGUGGCUGUCAGUCAAGCAAUUUCCAUAGUAUGGAUCCAUGGGGAAGUUAUGUGCAAGCUAUCGUCCUAUCUUCAGGGUGUUGCCGUGGCGGCCUCGGUUUUCACGAUCACAGCGAUGAGCAUCGACAGAUACCUGGCGAUAAGAAGUCCGAUGGCGUUUCGUCGUGUAUUUAAUCGGAAGAGCACGAUCUUCGUUAUCGUGGCUCUUUGGCUGGUCGCGUUAAUUAUAUUUGCUCCCGUUUUAAGGGCGAUGACCCUCCAGAGCCCGGGCAUGGAACUUAGCAACAUUACUUUCUACGGAUCGUGGACAAUGUCGAGGAAUUUUACCGAGGAUAUCUCUCGCGUGUCACAACGGCCACCUGCGUUCUACAUUUGUUCGGAGGACUUCAAACCAUUGGGUAUUCGAGCGCAUCUUUUCGGCGCCGUCUGUUUCGUCUUGGUUUAUGCCAUUCCCGGUUUCGUCGUGAUACUCUCUUACUCGAUGAUGGGUCGAACGCUGUGCUCCAGGAAACCACCCUUCGAUUGCGACAGCGUCGAAGGAAGUGCCAGCUCGCAACAGAGUUUCAGGCUGGUACGGGAGCGACGUCGAAUUGCCUGGAUAUUGCUCCUUCUGGCGGUGCUUUUCGCUCUCUGCUGGCUGCCGUACAAUGUUUUAAUGCUGUUAAUCGAUCUCGGAGCAAUCGGGGAAGGAACAGUUACGACCAAUGCUCUAUCCUAUUGCCUGUUUCUGGGACACGCGAACAGCGCCUUGAAUCCUAUUGUCUACUGCUUCAUGACUCGGAAUUUUCGACGGAGCGUCGUGGAGAUUGUUUGUCGCGGUUCCCGUGGCUUGGCACGUAGAAGACCCCGUCGAAGAAGUAUUCAAGGAACGGGGGUGAUCGAUGACGUCUGCGCAGGGUGCAGCGCUGGUGGCAACGUGAGACGAGGAUUGCUACGAAAACGAAGAAUGUUACCCGGAUGCGGAUGCGGGCUACCGAUCGGUCCUCAUCACUCCGUGUUGGCGGUGAAACGAACGGCCACGACGAGCAGCGGAUACGACAGCUUUUACAGCAGACACAGCCCUCACAGACGUUGCUAUAUGUUGCGGAGCCUUCGAGGGAGACCGCAAACACCGACGGGCCAGGCUCAGAACGCGAACAAACGACAGGAAACCUGCUCCGAGAAGAACGUGACUAUUAGUCAACCGCGUGUUAAUACCCUCGUUACAACAGACGAACAACGUUGCUCUUAAAUACCAUCGAUUACUUAACCGGUGAUCCAACGGUUGUAGACGUUGAGGAAUUUUGGAGUGUUGGUAGUAAUCGAUGAAAAGAUGAACGGAGAAAGGAGUCUCGAGGCAAAAUCGCGAAUAAAUUUUAUCCUAAUCGAUGUAUUUUUCAUUAUUUAUUCUUGAGACGAAGCAGGGGAACUUGGAUUGAUUGAUUUUGAGAUAUUGAAAAUUUGACACGAAAUUAUUGUAGCAUUGCUGAACAAAAGGAGGGAUUUUUUGGUACAAAUAUCCUGUCAUUUUUUGUAGUUCUUUUACGACAAACUGUGCUACAUGAAUGAUGAACGAAAGAAGAAAGACACGGGUUGUUGUUAACGAGGUACAGAACGGAGGGGUAAGUUUGUUAAGAGACAAGUAGGGCUACCCUUUCAAAGGAGAAUGUUGAUACAGCGAGGAGCACUUAUACUCCACGACACUGUUUACCGCGUGUCUUUCGCACUCAGUUCCUUCCAACUUCCCUUCGAAAUAAUUCCUGGUAUUAAAACUGAUAAAAAAUAUGUUGCAAAAGGGAUGCAACUGCAACGAGACUGAACGAACGUCAAUCGUUUGCAAAUAUUUGCUCUACUUCGGUAAACUUGUUCGCUCUCAUUUGACGUCGAGCAAUUCAAUUAAAUUCGAUUAAAUUUGAAUUGAAAUAGUCUCGAUAAAAAUAUUUUCCCAGUUCAGGAAUCAAAGAUAUCAAACAGAAGAAAUGGUUGGAUUCUUUUUUUUUUCUUGAAAUCUAACGGAUCUAAGAAACUUUUCUGAAUGGAAGUUGAUCAAAUUGAGAAGGGUGUGUUAAAGCGACAAGGGCGAGCCUUGGUACUCCGAUACUCCCUUGAAUAUUUGCCGACGAUACGCUGCGAACAGAAAAGUAUCGGGGAAUAUUUAUAAAAAGCGCUUUAUAUCGAUCCAGGUAUUUCGCUAAGGAGCUCGUUGAGAAGGAUGAUAAGAUUCGUGGCAAUUUAGAGGAAGCUUGAUAGCCAGGCUUAAAAUUCGUGCAAGGAGUCUCGAAACUUUCUUGCAACUUCGCAUAGUUACGUGCUUACGGAAAUCUUGUCACGAAAAUAGUUGAAAUUCCCGUCUGAAACGCAGCGAGGAAAAUAGCAUGACAUCGACGAGGAAUAAAUCGUUUCAAGGAAUGGAAAAAUGAAAAUAGGGUUGGACCCGCAAAGGAUGAACUCUCGUGGCUGCAGCAGGCAAUCUCGUUUACGGUUCUUUUUGAUCGCGAACCGACAGGAAAACGUACGGCCGAUACUGCUUUGGUAAAAAUUUAUUCCACGACGACAGGUAAUACAUACGAAUUGGACGGACCACCUAGCCGCGUAAAAGUAUCACAAAAAAAGUAUAUUACAAAGAAAUUUAUACGCUACGUUUGUCGACGAGUAGUGUACAAUUAAAGAAAUUGCAACUUUGCCUCUCGCUAAGGACAGAUGGUUCCUCUUAUCGUACGAAAAUGAUAACGCAUAGCUCGUUGGCCCCCGUGUAUCGAUUGGCUUCGUUUUACCAUAUUUCUUCUUAUCAAUUUCAACUUCUCUUCGAUACAAUUUCCAUCGCGUUAUUUAGAGGAACACGAAGUUACAAAGAGCGAGUUUUACGAAUCUUCUUCUGGCAUUUUCUUUUUUUUUUUUUUUUUAUUCUUAUCCUAUAGAACAAUAUAGUUCGCAAGCUUCUUCUUACCUAAGAGCUUAAAGUAGUCACUUGCCUGCUCGGUCGUUUAUCAUUUGCUACUUACGUAUACGUUUACGAAACUUCGGCCAGUUUCUGUUUCCUUUCAUCCGCCGGAAUUAGAUCGCACCGAUUACACGGUACACAGUCAUUGUAUUCUUUUUUUCAAUAAUUUCUUGUAAAAUUUAUUUAGGAACGUUUUAGCAUCAUAGCUUCCGAGAAAAAGAAUCCUAAGAGCUAGGGAUCUAACGCACUUAACGAUGUAGACACAGAGGG